UUGUCAAUGUCAAGUAGACAUGUGUCACAAUGUCACUCUUCUGAUGUAUUCAAUUUUCAAUUUAAAAUUUUAUAUAUUUCUCUUAAUUUGUUAUAUUUAACUAUAUUAAUAUCCACUUCUUAUUGAUAAAUGAAAAUAUUUUUACGCAACUCAAAAUUGUCGUAAUUAAGUAACUACUGUCACCUAAUACCUGGAUUUAUUACCUUGAAUCAAGUUGUUUUUGUAUUCGUCUUACAUAUAGUUCGUUCAGUAGGUAUUCCAGCUUCUUAUUGCUAUGACUUCAUCGCUAGUGCACGCUACAAUUUUACAUAAAUCAGUCGUUUGAAUUGGUUAGUUUUAUGUGGUCGUAUGUAUGUAGUUCUUGUUAUUAUUAACUCGGGUGCAUCCACUACACUUGAGCACUAAUCAUGGCGAAUAAUAAAAUGGUGGCACCAAGCAAGGUGGCACUGCCACCAGCCACCAGCGACGAGAGUGCCACUAUCUUCUCCUUGAUAUACAGAUUCUUUAAAAAGGUAUCAAUAGUGGGAGCUGUUUAUUUAGUGGGUUAUAUGCAAUGGAGUGUGGCGUGGCUUAUCGGGCCCGUUAUACUAUCGGUGGUUCGUGAUCAGUGGCGCAGAGAAAGCGAGUACCGGCGUAACCUGGCCAAGGCCGCGGCACUCUCCUCUGAGAAAGAUGUUGUUUUGGCCAGACUUGAUGAUUUGCCGGCUUGGGUUUUCUUCCCUGAUAUUGAACGUGCGGAAUGGUUGAACAGGAUACUUCUGCAAGUUUGGCCAAAUGUAAAUCAUUUCGCACGAACUUUAUUGAAGGAAUCUAUCGAACCUGCUGUGGCUGAAAGCUUGUCGAAUUUCAAACUAAAUGGAUUUAAAUUUGAACGAAUGAUUCUUGGGACCAUUGCGCCUCGUGUUGGCGGCGUCAAAGUCUACGAUAAGAAUCUCUCCAGGAAUGAAAUCAUUAUGGAUGUUGAUUUGUUCUAUGCCGGCGACUGCGACAUAUCAUUUGUCCUUCAACACGUAAGAGGAGGCAUCAAAGAUCUUCAGAUUCACGGCAUGUUACGUGUAAUAAUGAAGCCCCUAAUUUCAAAGAUGCCCUUGGUGGGAGGUCUACAAAUAUUCUUCCUCAACAACCCGUCUAUCGACUUCAAUCUAGUUGGGGCUGCUGAUGUUUUUGAUAUGCCUGGUUUCAGUGACAUUUUGCGGCGAUGUAUUGUAGAACAAAUUGCCAGAAUGAUGGUGUUGCCUAACAAAUUACCAAUCAAAUUGAGUGACGAAAUACCGACAGUAGAUUUGCGUAUGCCCGAGCCAGAGGGGGUACUUCGUAUUCAUCUAGUUCAAGCUCAAAAUCUCAUGAAGAAAGAUGUGUCUAUGCUCGGUAAAGGUAAAUCGGACCCAUAUGCAAUCAUAACUGUCGGCGCACAACAAUGGAAGACGAAACAUAUCGACAACAAUAUCAACCCUCGCUGGGAGUUUUGGUGCGAGGCAAUAAUAAGCUCAAGGAAGAGCCAAGUGUUGCAGUGCGAGGUGUGGGACUGGGACCCGGGGAUGGGCAUUCAGAACGAUGAUUUUCUCGGCAGAUGUUCUAUGGAUAUUUCACAAGUUGUCCGUUCCGGCCGCUUAGAUACGUGGCAAACCCUUCAACAAGCUAAACAUGGAAAAGUUCACUUACGCCUCUCAUGGCACCGCCUCUCCAGCGACCUGCUAGAUUUGAGUCAUGCACUAACUGAGGUUCAAGUAAUCAAGACUGGAGAGUUGAGCUCAGCUGUAUUAUCUGUUUACAUCGACUCGUGCAAGAAAUUACCUAAUGCACGGCCACAAUCAAAGCCUGAUCCAUACCUGACAGUGACCGUUGGCAAGAAGACGGAGAACACCGCUGUGCAGAUGAGGACCGAUGACCCCGUCUACGAGAUAGGCCAUUCGUUCUUAGUACAGAACCCUGAAAUCGAUUUGCUAGAAAUUAAGGCCAUUGAUCAGAAGACUGGAAAUCAGCUCGGCCAGCUUGUGUAUUCAAUAUCUUCGCUGCUGAAGCAACAAGACUUGAGCAUGCUGACGCAACCAAUAAUGCUACAAAAGUCUGGACCUGAAUCGAAGAUCAUUUUGUCAUUGCAACUCAGAAUUUUGAAGGAAGCCGUUAAAGAAGAAGAUCUAGAUGACGAGGCUACUCUGGAUACAGUAAGCGAGCCGUCUCCAAUAACACCUACACCACCUGUGUCUUUAGCAGAGGCAACGGAUGGAGUUGUACCUACAUCACCAUUGAAUCAAAUAAUACCAAACGCGAAUGCGAACGAUCUGCAAGACAUUGAAGAUAAUCCACUUGAUACUGCAUCACAAAGUUCAAUUCCAGUUGAGCAGAUUGUGAAAGACAUUAAUGUAAAUCAAGACUAUCAAACGCCGUCAUCUGGUCGUCAAUCGCCACCCUCAAAAUUGGUACAUAGAAUAUCUUCAUUGACAACGUCCGCCGGUGAAGCUGGAUUGGGCCGAAUAUUACUCUCCCUUCGUUAUAGCAUGCAAAAUCAAAUUUUGUAUAUGGUAGUUCAUAAAAUAAUGCACAUACCGUUAAAGGACCCAACCAACGUGCCUGAUCCGUAUGUAAAAUUGUACUUAUUGCCUGGACGAUCCAAAGACUCAAAACGGAAAACAGUGGUGGUCAAAGAUAAUUGUAUGCCGGAAUAUGAUGAGCAGUUUGAAUGGGCGAUUCCACUCGCUGAGUUGCACUCCAGGCAAAUUGAAGUGACAGUUGCAACGCACAAAGGCUUUCUCGGUGGCAGUCCUGUUAUCGGACAGGUUCUAGUACAUCUUAACCAAUAUGACCUUCGAGAAGCAAAGACCGUAUGGUUCGAUCUUAUGCCGGAAACAGCCCCAAGGGAUUAAA